ACGCGAAAAUCUUUCUCACUCAAAACCCUUAAAACGAUUUCCCUUCCUCUUUCUCACUCAAAAAUCCUUCAAAUCCGCUGCAAAUCAUAAAUCUUCUAUGCUGCACAUCAUCCUCUUCAUUUUCGCGAAUGAAACUCUAACCCAUUCCCAAAUCGUGUUCUGUUCUGAAUCUCACUAAUCUCUCUCGUGUUCGUGUAGUGUUCUUCGUUUUCGCGAUUGAACGAAGAGGUUUUGAGAGUAGUACCACGUUCUUCGUUCUCCACUUCCUAGAUUUGGGGUCUUAAAAAGAUUUAACCUUUAUGUUUUGUUCCUUUGUUUGGGUUUCUUCACUUAUGAGACACUGUUGUUUCUGAGAUCUGGGUUUUGAAGAUUUUCACUUGAGACACAAGACCGAACGGUACAUCGAAAACAGAACUUAGCUUCCGCUUCGUCGUGCUUCUGUCCGUCGACAACCAUGGCUGACGUCAACCGCUCCAACAAACCUGAGUGGCUUCAACAGUACGAUCUCAUCGGUAAGAUCGGUGAAGGAACCUACGGUCUCGUUUUCCUUGCUCGGAUCAAAUCCGCCAUAAACCGCGGCAAAUCCAUCGCCAUCAAGAAAUUCAAACAAUCUAAAGACGGAGAUGGCGUUUCCCCCACCGUCAUCCGUGAAAUCAUGUUGCUGAGAGAGAUAACUCAUGAAAAUGUUGUGAAGCUUGUGAAUGUUCACAUCAAUCAUGCGGACAUGUCUCUGUAUUUGGCCUUUGAUUAUGCUGAACAUGACCUUUAUGAAAUAAUAAGACAUCAUAGAGACAAGGUCAACCAAUCAAUUAAUCAGUACACUGUUAAGUCGAUACUGUGGCAGUUGCUCAAUGGGCUGAACUAUCUGCACAGCAAUUGGAUAAUACAUCGAGAUUUGAAGCCAUCGAAUAUAUUGGUUAUGGGCGAUGAGGAGGAACACGGGGUUGUUAAAGUUGCUGACUUUGGGCUUUCAAGGAUAUAUCAAGCCCCUCUGAAGCCAUUAUCUGAAAAUGGGUGUUUGUUUGCCACAGAGACCUUCAGUAUUGGUUUGAACAUGCCUGCAAAAACUGUAGUUUUUACAAAUGUCCGAAAAUUUGAUGGGGACAAGUUUAGGUGGAUAACCAGUGGAGAAUAUAUACAAAUGAGUGGUCAUGCUGGUCGACGAGGUAUUGAUGACCGGGGAGUAUGUAUCCUCAUGAUUGAUGAGAAGAUGGAGCCUUCUACUGCUAAAUCAAUGGUUAAAGGAGCAGCUGAUAGUUUAAACAGGUAAACUGUGUGCUUAAUUCAAAGAAUUAUAUCACUCAAGAUGCUGCCAAAUUAUGAUUGUGAUGUUUGUGAACUGGAAUUGUUCUUGUUGAUCUUGAAUAUCUAACACUUCUAAUUUGGGGAUGCCAGGAUUUUACAUUUCUCUGAUAGCCUGUUGUCAGAGUUGCCUAGUUGUGUAGUAACUAAAACUCUAGUUUAAUUUAUGUAGUUUUUAUUGGGGAAUUGGAAAAUCACACACAUAAUAGCAAGGGUUCUCAAUUUGGUUACUUUGAGGGUUCUCAAUUUGUUCUUGUACCAAUAUAUAUGGUCUGUUUGUGAUGCCUAAAAAUGGUACAGGAAGCAAAAAAACGAAAAAAAAUAAAAUAAAAA